AUGACAAAAGGAAUAGAAGUUGAUAAGGCUAAAAUUGAUCUUAUAGCAGGAUUAUCCACUCUCACCACUGUUAAAGAUUAUUGCAGAAAAGCAUUUGAGUUUCUCAAAGAACAAUUGACUAAUGCUCCAAUUGUUGUCUCUCCUGAUUGGAGCCAGCCAUUUGAAAUAAUGUGUGAUGCAAGUGAUAUAGCAGAGGAUGACAUAAUCAGGAGAUGUGUACCUGAAACAGAAAUGAAAAAUAUUUUAAGUUAUUGCCAUGAUGGAGCUGUAGGAGGACAUUACGGAGGAAGAAGGACGGCAGCUAAAGCACUUGAAAUUGGUUUUUUCUGGCCUACUUUGUUCAAAGAUGCAAAAAUUUGUGUUGCCUCUUGUGACAAAUGUCAAAGAACCGGUAACAUUUCAAAAAGGUAUGAGAUGCAUCUUAACUCUAUUGUUGUGUGUGAAUUAUUUGAUGUUUGGGGCAUUGACUUCAUGGGUCCUUGUCCUCCUUCAAAUGGUUACGAAUAUAUUUUGGUAGCUGUUGAUUACGUCUCAAAAUGUGUAGAAGCAAUUGCUACUAAAAAAAAUAAUGCUCGAGUUGUUUGCGAUUUUCUCAAGAAAAAUAUCUUUUCUAGCUUUAGAACUCCACGAAUUAUAAUAAGUGAUCAAGGAACUCAUUUUAUAAAUAGACAAUUUGCUAGUUUAUUGUCAAGAUAUGGAGUUACUCAUAAAACAGGAACUCCAUAUCAUGCUUAA